AAAAAAUCAAUGUCGGCGUCUUGGGGCUGCACAACAUCAUCAGCUCCUACCCGUCCCUGCGACGAGUGGGGGCUGAUGUCCGACUCCUCUGCCCGGGCCCCGCGUCCCCCUCCACCCGCAACCUGGGGGAAGCGGGCACUCGUGGAGAGUGGGGCAGAAUCGAAGCUCAGCUGGCCCGACCUAGAGUCCUCUAGCGACGAGGCGGGCCAGGUUGCCGGGGUCCGAGCGGUCCUUCUCGAGGCGGUGGAGGAGGAGGAGGACGAAGACGACACGCCCCUGAUCGUGUGAAGAUCAAGGGCGCCUGCGGCGGCCGCCGGCGCCGCGGCGACUUCCACGGCGCCCGGGGGCGCGGCAACCACUCGGGUGCCCCCGGUCCCGGCUAAGCGGGGGCUCUUCCAGGGCUUCGAGUUCAAGCUCAACCCCCCGAGGGACGGCGCCCCGUCGGGAGCCGGCAAGAGGGGGAGAGCCGAUUCGCCGCCCGCCGCGCCGAGCAAGAGGACGCGCAUCUGGGCCAGCACCAGCACCAACCCGGCCUGCGCGGGGACUGGCGGCGCUGCCACGGCGCCCGCCGCCGCUCCAAUUCCAAUGGAGGAGGAGCUGGCAACAGGCGAAGUCCAGCCCGCGGUAGGCGGCCCGGCAACAGCGGCCGGGACGGGAGAGGAGGAAGCUCCUCCCGCAAGCUCAGCGGCCCUGCAAGUCCCAACCGUGGUCACAACGGGAGCGCGCAGCGUCGUGGUUGACCUCGGCCCCAACGCCGAGGACGCGGAGACGAGGGAGGAGCCGGAAGAGGCUCCUGCCCCCAGCUCCUCUGCGGCGGACUCAACGGUGGCGGCGCCCACCAUCGCUACCGAGGCGGAGCUCGGCGGCCUGUCUCGGGCCGCGCAGGCCGGGGACGCGGAUCCCGCGGUCACCCGGCAGGAGGGCCUCUUGCCGAGGGAUCGGCAACUCCGCCACCCCCGCAACCCAUGGGCGCGAGCGUGGAGGAGGCUGCGGCAGGGGAGCAGCAAGAGGCUCCGCCGCAAGUGGACGACGCCCCUCCCGGCCAAACAGUGGCGGCAGGGGCCUCGUCGUCGUCUGCUGCUGCCUCCGGCUCGGACUUCGGCAUCCUCGUCGGGCCGACUUGGGACCCAAUCACCUAGGACCCAAGCAUCUACGACCAGGGGCACCAGUUCCUUGAUGCGAUCAAGGAGCAGCAGCUGGCGUUCGUCACCUCCUUCAACCAGGUGAGGGAGCGCCACGAGCUCGCGAAGGGCCAGCUUGGCAAGGUGCGGCAGGCCGUUGAGAGGGAGAGGCAGGAGCUCUCCCAACUGCAGGAGGAGGCGCGCCUGGCCCGAGCCGCCCGCUCUCACUGACCGGUGGGACCCACGUGUCAUCUUCAAGCUCCAACUGCCUCCGGAUUCCAUGCCACGCACGACUCCGAGACGCCCACGAUUCCGUUCCGAUUUCUUAGCGCACGAACCAGCAAAUCCGAAACCCCGCGCAUCAUAUCGAAGACCCCGGACUCCUCUACCACUUCCCCCAAACCGUUCGCCCAAUUUUGCGCCUCCCCGCGUUGCCCGCCUGUGCCGCGUGCCGCGCGCC